AAAUGGGUGGGAAGGGCAAGAGGGAGGUAGAUAGAACAGCUGGUGUGGUUCAAAACCAGAGAGAGAAUCUCUGGGUAACAUUGACUCUUUGAAAGUCAGUGAUGAAGGAUGGAAACCGUCAACAUUUACACCACACAAAGUGCACAGGAUGCUCGGCCUCUGCCUUUCUCAGCAGAAGCCCAGCAGGCUUGGGAAAGCCGUCUGGAGCACCUUUAGCUCUCCGGCGUCUCAUUGUCCAAGCCCUACCGUUUCAGUCUCAACCCCACCCCCACGUAAAUAUGUGUCUGUGAGCCAGGUUCCUGCAAACUCUUUAUUAUAAGAACUGCUCCAGUUUCCCCCUUUAUCUUUGUCUCACAGUUAAUCCAAAGUUGGGAAAGAAAGCCAUUUGUCUGCAGUGGGAGGUGCCCUUGCACGGUGGAGCUGAGAUCCUGAUGGGCGUCUACUCGGAAUCCCAGGAUUGUGCUCAUUGUGUGUGUAAUUACCAAGUGUAGGCAGGUUUCGUUGGAAACCUGCUACACUGGGCUGUCAUGGCAACGUGAUCAUAAAAUGACAGAGCAGCCAAUGAUAUUUGAGAGCCUUGAGGGUGGGGCUUGCCUUCACAUAAUAUUUCUGGCUUGGUUUGAGUCAUUGCAGAUGAGCGGGGAAUUACUUUCCAACCCAGCGUUACACUCCUAGAGGCACAGUACCUGCCCUCUUAGUGUAUUCCAGCCCUUACCGGAAGUUCCUAUGGGAGGGGCUGGGGAGAGGGGGCACAUGAUGGAGUGGCAGGAUAAGGAGAACUGAUGGUGGCCCUGGCAGAUCCAAGUGAAAAGAUACCCAUGAAGAGACCUGUCCCUUUAUCUAUUAAAUGAAGUCUGAUGCCAGAGUCCUAAGGGUUCUAGUGCCACUGCUAUCGUUUUUGUAUUAGUCAUAGAAAUGUGCAUCAGAGGACAGGAAACAGAUCUGGGUCACCAAACUAGAUAGAGUAAGGAAAAGAGCAGAGAAGGGCACAGUGUGCUGUGCUUAGGUCCCAAGGGUCAUGAACUGCCUAGAAAUGACACCAGUUGGAUCGUCGCUGUUUGCGCAUGUGUGGCUCACAUUUAAAUGCACCGUGAUAUGUUGAUCAUGGGAGGUCUCAGUGUUGGGCUAAGUGGCUGUUGUAACUGAAAUUGGCCUGGUUGUAAGCCUGAGUUCGUUCUGUCACCCUUAGGCUUGAGACUAGGGCACACCAUUCUCCAGGGUUCUUUGCUCUAGGUAAAGAUGACUGCAGAAGCCCCUGGUGGCCUACAGUCUGAAGUCUCAGGACACAAGGUAUUCAGAGACUGCCUCAUUCUGGAAGAGUCGAUUUCUGUGUUGAAGAUGGAGUUCUGGAUUACAAGAUGGCGUUAAGUCAGGCUUACAUUGUGAAGACCUCUGCUUUGCUUUGUUUUCUUUCGGGGAAUGUGGUUUGGACACAGCGGCAAAGACUGCUUGUGUUGCCCAGGCUGGCCUCCAACCCUGUCUCCUAGGGAUAUAGAUAAGUGCCACAGCCUGGCCUCUACUGAAUACAACCUAAGCAUUCAACCACAGUGGUGAAAGAAAAAUGUUUCAGAGUUUCUUAAAUUAAUGGCGGUUCACGUCUAUAAUUUCAGCACUAGGCAGGCAAGGUAGAGGAUUGGGAGUGCAAGGCCAGCCCAGGCUACCUAGAGAAACUGUCUCAAAAUUAACCACCACCAACAAACCCUUUUGGACCUAUGGGUGUGGCUCAGGGUAGAGCACUUGCCUGACGUUCUGGGCCCUGGGUUCAGGCCCCAUCACCGUAGAAAACAAACUAAUGUUGUUUUCUAGGAAGCAAACUACGAAACAGAAGUAAUGUUGAACUAGAAUUGAGGUAGCAUUGUGAAAUGGCGCGUCGAUAAUCACUUGCAGGGCAUUUCAGAGAGCAUUCCUUGCCUCCAAAACAAUUGGUCUGUGUAGGAUAAAGACCUCCAUUAUAGCCUAGAAAAUCCCUUUUUGGUUUGUUUUUGUGGUUUGUUUCUUUGUUUUUCAAGACAGGUUUCUCUGUGUAGCCAUGGCUGUCCUGGAACUCACUCUUCAGACCAGGCUGACCUUGAAUUCACAGCGAUCCACCUGCCUGAGUGCUGGGAUUAAAAGGCUUGUGCCACCACUAUCCUUCUUAAUUAAUUUGCGUUUUAUGUGUAUGGGUGUUUGGCCUGUAUGUAUGUCCAUGCACCACGUGCAUGCCCACACUCGGGUUCUGUCCCCUGGAACUAGAGUUAGAUGUUUGUGAAUCAUGGGAGCGAGUGCUGGGAGUUUGAAGCCAGAUCCUCUGGACGAACAGCAAAUGCUGCUGCUAAUCUCUGAGCCAUCUCCACCCCAUUUACAUUUUGUAUUUUGUGUGUGUGUGUGUGUGUGUGUGUGUGUGUGUGUGUGUGUGUGUGUGUGCGUGUGUGUGUGUGUGUGUGUCUAAGGUUGGAGAACAACAGGCAGGCAUCUGCUCUCUCUUUCCACCAUUGUCCCAGGAAUUGAACUAAGUGGGCAGGGUUGAUGAUGCCAACCAGCUUUACCUGCUGAACCAUCCAUCUCACCAGCCUUCACAGAAACUUCUGGCAAAGCCCAUUCUGUGAGUCAGGCAAGAGGUGAAGGCCAGGUUAUAUGCUAAAGCCUUCUGUCUUUGGGACUCCAGCAGUAGACUUCAGAUGUGUGUUAAAAUAACUCCAAAGCAGAACAUUCUGGAUUGAGUAAUUUCAUUGGUGUCUGGGUCUGAGCAAGAAUCUGCCUAGAUAAAGCCUCCUCAUCAGACCCAGGGCACUCCAAGUCUCAGCCAACCCAAAGUGCCCUGUUCGUCAGAUUCUGUUUCAGUGUUACACAAUAAUUCAGCCGUAUCUUAUUCUAGAAUCUUCUGCAUAGGAUUAUUCCGUGUAGAUCAGGUUAGCUUUGAACUCAGAGGCCCACCUGCCUGCCUUCUGAGUGUGGGGUUAAAGGUAUUAUGGUAUCUUUAUAGAGUCUUAGUGAAGCACUUUGGAGUUGAGAAUCCUCUCACCUUCGCUGGCCCCCAAAUGGUAGCUAUCUGUUUUAAUCCACCCCUGGAGUGCGAAGACUUAGUCUAUAUUAGGAAGGGAUGGGGGAUACAUUGUAGAAGGAAUGGGGGUGGGACGGAUCCUGUCGUGUCAUAGUGACGUGAUCUCGCCCUCAGCAGCUCUCAUUUCUAGGGAAGGAAGGAACGGAAGCAGAACGCAGCAGAAAAUUGUGCAAGCAGGUGACAAGGACCUUGAUGGGCAACUGGACUUCGAAGAGUUUGUACAUUACCUCCAAGACCAUGAGAAAAAACUGAGGCUGGUGUUUAAGAGUCUGGACAAAAAGAAUGAUGGGCGAAUCGAUGCUCAGGAGAUCAUGCAGUCCCUGCGGGAUCUGGGUGUCAAGAUCUCUGAACAGCAGGCGGAGAAGAUUCUUAAGAGAAUACGGACGGGCCACUUCUGGGGCCCUGUCACCUACAUGGAUAAGAAUGGGACAAUGACCAUCGACUGGAACGAGUGGAGGGACUACCACCUCCUGCACCCUGUGGAGAACAUCCCUGAGAUCAUCCUGUACUGGAAGCACUCGACGAUCUUCGAUGUUGGUGAGAAUCUGACAGUCCCAGAUGAGUUCACAGUGGAGGAGAGGCAGACAGGGAUGUGGUGGAGGCACCUGGUGGCAGGAGGUGGUGCAGGGGCAGUUUCCAGAACCUGCACUGCCCCCCUGGACAGACUGAAGGUGCUCAUGCAGGUCCAUGCCUCCCGCAGCAACAACAUGUGCAUCAUAGGUGGAUUCACACAGAUGAUUCGAGAAGGGGGCGCCAAGUCCCUCUGGAGGGGCAAUGGCAUCAAUGUCCUCAAAAUUGCCCCUGAGUCAGCCAUCAAGUUCAUGGCAUAUGAGCAGAUGAAACGCCUUGUUGGUAGUGAUCAGGAGACGCUGAGGAUCCACGAAAGGCUAGUGGCAGGCUCCUUGGCUGGGGCCAUUGCCCAGAGUAGCAUCUACCCAAUGGAGGUUCUGAAGACCCGAAUGGCCCUGCGGAAAACAGGCCAGUACUCGGGAAUGCUGGACUGUGCCAAGAGGAUCCUGGCUAAAGAGGGUGUGGCUGCCUUCUAUAAAGGCUACAUCCCCAACAUGCUGGGGAUCAUCCCGUAUGCGGGCAUCGAUCUAGCUGUCUAUGAGACAUUGAAAAAUACCUGGCUACAGCGCUAUGCUGUAAACAGUGCAGACCCUGGCGUGUUUGUUCUCCUGGCCUGUGGCACAAUCUCCAGUACCUGUGGCCAACUGGCCAGCUACCCACUAGCCCUGGUCAGGACUCGGAUGCAGGCACAAGCCUCCAUUGAGGGUGCACCUGAGGUAACCAUGAGCAGCCUCUUCAAACAGAUUCUGCGGACUGAGGGGGCCUUUGGGCUCUACCGGGGGCUGGCCCCCAACUUCAUGAAGGUGAUUCCAGCUGUGAGCAUCAGCUACGUGGUCUACGAGAACCUGAAGAUCACCCUGGGCGUGCAGUCUCGGUGACGGGAGGGUGGCGGACUUGGUGACCCUGGGCUGCAGCCCAGGGUGUGCAGCCGCCUCAUUCUGUGAAUGUGCCAACACUAAGCUGACUUACCCAAGCUGUGAAACCCAGGAUGCUGCAGGGGACGGGCAGGGAGCUGCAAGCGCUGGGCUGGUCCUGCUGACCUGGCAGACCUUUGUGUCUCUUCCAAGGAAGACCUGUGGACAUUCCUUGGGGUCCAGGGGUCAGUAAGAUGUGGGCUCCUGCACCUAGAGACAGGACGUUUUCCACAGUGCCUGCCAGGUAGCGAGCUUGGAUGCCAGCUUAGCUCUUCCAUCUCGUCACGCAACCUGACCUCAGCCAUGGCAUCCCUCUGGUCCAAAGAGCAUUCCUGUGCCCCUCAUCUCUUCCCACUGAUGCGCUGGGGUAGGAAGUGGGCCCACCCCCACUCUUGUCCUUCUGUCCAUCUUCCCUCAGUGCUGCUCUUCCAAACCUGGUUCCCAAGCUGUAGCAUCCAUGAGGACUGUGGUACGGGAAGCUGGAGAAGUACCAUUAUGUCCUCGCUCGCCUAUUCUGAGCUCACCAGCAAGGCCACCUGGAUGCGCCCAGGUCCUCAGGCACCGGCUGCCUGACACCAUGGUGCAUGGCUUUGCUAAAAGCUAGUGCUAGAACCUGGAACCCAGAGGAUUUGUGCUGCCUGCAUGGGCCUAAUGUCCUCUGAGCUGCCCCUAAACCCUGUCAGGACUGGCACCAGCUCGUGCCCACACUCAUGGUGGUUCUGUGGUGAGAGGGUGGGCAGGGUGUCUGCUCCAGGUCUGCUGCUCUGGUGAGAAGAUGCUGAAGGCCUUAAUUAUGUCUUACUGGGUAAAGGAUUUGGUUCAGAAGGACAAGCUGGACACUGCACGUGCCACACUUUCAGAGAGCCUGGGGGAAAGUGUGUUCUGAGGGCCCUGUGGGGCCAAGGGGGACCAGCCUCACAUUCCACACGUGCGCCACUCUGCUUGGAGCCUAUUUAUUUUGUAUUUAUUUGAACAGAGUUAUGUCCUAACUAUUUUUAUAGAUUUGUUUAAUUAAUAGCCUGUCAUUUUCAAGUUCAUUUUUUUUAUUCAUAUUUAUGUUCAUGGUUGAUUGUACCUUCCUGUCACCAGCUGGUGGGGCAUGGGGAGACAAGGUAGAAAAGUGGCCACAGAGUGACCUUACCUGCUGCCCACACUGACGGCAUGUCCGUCUCACAGGAAACAGAAGGAAAGGCACAGGGAGGACUCUUCAGGCCAGGUAGGGUAGUGGGAAAGGUGGCGACUUCUUGACAUUCUUUCCUGGACCGGGAGGUUUUCUUUAUUUUGCCCUUUUGGAAAACACGGCAGUGAGGUGCUUCAUUCACCAGGAAUUUGGUGUGAGGGUGAGGACUGAAGGGCCUGCCUUCCCCAACCUGUGACCUGGUCUCGCUCCUGGCCCGAGACUGCCCAUGCUCAAUGAGUGGCCAGCUGGCCACUUGGCAAUCAUGCCUCCAUUGCCCCAGAAUGGCCUGAUGAGGAAAAUCCAAAUAGGAUGCAAAGAUCAAUGCAAAAGUCACCAGUCUGCAUAGUCUGUGCUGUAACUGGAGUUUGUCAAAGACGAGCAACCUUCUAAUAAAGUCGCUUCAAAUGUGA